CACAGCUGGUCACCAUAAAGUUAAAUGACAGCAACUAUUUGAUGUGGAAACAUCAGGUCCUGGCCACAACAAGAGGAUAUGGUCUUGAAGGCUUCAUUCUGGGCACUUCCAUACCACCUGAAAAGUUCACCACUGAUGAAAAUGGUAACCAGUCUAUCAACCCUCUUUAUAUCAGUUGGCAAAAGCAAGAUCAACUAUUGGUCUCCUGGGUCCUUAGCUCUCUUACUGAAGAGAUCUUGAUAAAUACUAUUGGGCUGAAUACCUCAUCUGAAAUUUGGUACUCAUUGGAGUUAGACUUCACCACUCAUCUUGAAGAAGCUCUUACCUCUCCUCAGUGGAAAAAGGCAAUGGACACUGAAUAUAAUGCCUUACUUCAUAACAACACAUGGACUCUCACUGAAUUACCCCCUGGUAAGAAGGCCAUUGGUUGCAGGUGGGUUUUCAAACUCAAGAAACACUCUGAUGGAACUGUAGCCAAGCAUAAAGCAAGACUUGUGGCCAAGGGCUUUAGCCAAAUACCUGGUAUGGAUUUUACUGAAACCUUCAGUCAUGUUGUUAAACCCAUUACAAUAAGGACAGUUCUAUCCAUAGCUAUAUCUAAAUGCUGGUUUACUAGACAAAUAGAUGUGGAUAAUGCCUUCUUGAAUGGUGAUUUAGACACAACCAUUUACAUGGUUCAACCUCCUGGUUAUGAACAUAAUGACAAUUCAGUUUGUCUACUGAAGAAGUCCUUGUAUGGCUUAAGGCAGGCUUCAAGAUCAUGGUAUCUUAAACUUGGAGGUAUCUUAUGUUCUCUUGGUUUUAAGACUUCCAAAUCAGACACUUCAUUGUUUCUCAAAAUUGAGAAAGCUUUCAGCAUCUUCAUAUUGGCAUAUGUGGAUGAUAUGAUCAUUGUUGGCAGUGAUAAUACUCAAAUUGAUCACAUCAUCACAGCUCUCAGAAAUCAUUUUGCUCUUAAGGAUUUAGGACCUUUAAAUUACUUCUUAGGUUUAGAAGUGGAACAUACAGCUCAAGGCUUGUUUCUUAACCAGUCUUCUUACAUCAAAAGCAUCUUGAAGAAAGCUGGCAUGACCAACUGUAAACCUCUCAGCACUCCAAUGGUUUCCACACCAUGUCUCUCCAAACACCAGGGGCAACCUAUUGAGAAUGGCACCUUGUAUAGACAACUCAUUGGGGCACUUCAGUAUGCUACCAUCACUCGGCCAGAGAUAACCUUCACUGUUAACAAAUGCAGUCAAUAUAUGCAAAAUCCUCUUGAUACUCAUUGGAAGGCUUUGAAAAGACUACUCAGGUAUCUUAGUGGUACUCUUCACCUUGGGCUUCACAUCUCUAAAUCACCAUCAUUACAACUUAUGGCCUAUGCUGACUCGGAUUGGGCCACAGAUAUCGAUGACAGGAG